AUGACAUCUCUAAACUUUGUCUUCUAUCUGACGUGUUUGUUCUUGGGGAAAAUGGCUCCAACAACUACUCUUGAAUUGUUCUUAUCUGUGCGUCAAGAGAGUGGUUUUCGAUCAGUUAAUGUUGGCGACAGCGUGACAUUACGAUGUUUCUAUGAAGGAGAUGUCGCAGUUAUGUUUUACUGGUACAAACAAACUCUGGGACGGAAACCAACGAUGAUCUCUAACUUCUAUACAUAUGAUAAAAAUGGCACUUUCAUUGAUGAUUUAAAAAAUGAUCCUCGCUUCAAACUUGAAACUAAAAAUGGCAAUAAUCACUUGACAAUCUCAGAUUUACGUGUUUCAGACUCUGCUACUUACUACUGCGUAGGUAGCUAUACAUACAAGUAUGAAUUUGCAGAAGGCACCACUGUCGAAGUAAAGGGUUCAGGCUUCCCUGUCUUGGUCCAUCAGUCAGCAUCUGAGACCGUCCAGCCAGGAGGCUCUGUGACUCUGAACUGUACCGUCCACACUGGGACCUGUGAGGGAGAACACAGUGUUUACUGGUUCAAGAACUCUGAAGAAUCUCCACCAGGACUCAUUUACACCCAUGGAGGCAGAAAUGAUCAGUGUGAGAGAAACACAAAAACACAAACCUGUGUCUACAACCUGCCAAUGAAGAGUCUGAAUCUGUCUCAUGCUGGGACCUACUACUGUGCUGUUGUCUCAUGUGGACACAUACUGUUUGGAAACGGGACCAAGCUGGACAUUGAGUGUGAGGUUGAUCAAGUGUAUUUCUUGAGAGGAGCUUUGACAUUCACCACCAUCCUCAGUUUUUUAUUGGCUCUCACGGUGUGCAUGACCAACAAAGACAGCUGCAAAUCUACAGAGUCCCGGGCAACAUUUCCAACUCCCUCCACAGCGAACCCAAAGGAUUUCCAACACGCAGAAAAAGUCUAUAAUGGCUUCAGUGUCAACCUACACAACAGAUCAGGAAGACUGAAGGAUCCGACCUGGAGUGAAUGUGUGUACAACAGCGUAAAUAAGUAGAACUGGACACGUUACAUAUAUCAUUUUCAGAUAGAGAGGAUUUUCUUAGUUUGAGGUGUAAUGUCAAUUAAGCUUAAGGUGUAGAAUUAAUAUGCUUUAUAGAUUCUUUGUCAUCAGCAGACAAUAUUAUCUGUUUUUAUGCUUUGCUAAUAUGCAUACAUGUCGUUUUGCAGGCUUUCUCAUUGGUACUGUAGUAUAUUUUAUGCUACAAAUGGUAUAAUUUAUAUUACUUAAAUAUAAAAGUUCUGCUUUACUAAAAGGCCUCAGUAUGACCUCUAGAUCAUGUAACAGCCAGAGUCUCCAGGUACCAACUGGUUCAAACCACAAUAAUGAACAUUAAUAUCUGGGAGUUGUCAGACAGUAAAGGCAUUGGAAUUUUUGAAGAUGAGCAAGUAUAGAUUGUAUCCUUUUAAGGUUAAAAAGUAGACUUAGCAGCGUGUUGGUGCCCGGGAAGACAUGCCCAUGCGUUGCGUAUGGGCUGGAACAUUCGAAUAAAAUUAUCUUACACACAGACAGAAAAGCCAGAGAGAACACGGGCAUCAUUGGAGGGACACCUUUUUUCAGCAGCCUUGAAAUUGACAA